AUGUGGCUAUAUUUCCUCUUCUUGCGUCACUCUAUGCUGGCUCGAGAUCACCUUUCUCAUCACUAUCUCCACCAUUUCUCGAAAUCCCAACGUUUCUUGACUUAAUUCAUUGCAUUUCUUGCUAAAACCCCUCCAAGAUUCCCAAUUUCCUAUCUGGGUCCCUUCCAUUCCCCCUCUAUUUCUAUUCCCAUUUUCUGGAUUUUCCCACUUCUUCUUUUUUUUGUCAGCAAUGGUGGCUUCUUCUGUCGCCUCUCCGCUCUGUACAUGGCUCGUGGCGGCUUGCAUGUCGGCGGCCUGCGAAAAGGACCACCGGGGGAAGUCGCCGUCGAUCUUCCAGUCGCCGAGGUGGCUGCGGAGGAAGAGAACUCUGGCCUGGAGCGGAAACCUUGGUGGCGGCUUCGUCUCUUCUCUAUAUGGAUCUGGUAUUCACGGAUUGAUGAGCUCUUGCUUCGCUUUCGAGCCUUGUCAGGAGUACUAUAAUUCUAGAGGGCUGCCAUUCUUUGGGGACAAUGCCUUGUCCCUGUUCGGGUUCAAGCUGGCGCCCGUGAAUCGCAGACAGAGACGGAUGAACAAGGCUGCUCAUUCUGGUAAAACAAUGGCUGUGGCUGUGCAACCUGAAAAGGAAGCAUUGUCAAAGAAGAAACCCAUUACAGAGAAAAGGAGGGUGGUUGUGACUGGAAUUGGUGUAGUGUCACCAGUAGGUCACAAUGUAGAUGAGUUCUACAAUAAUCUUCUUGACGGUGUUAGUGGCAUCAGCGAGAUUGAGUCUUUUGACUGUUCAGAUUUUCCCACAAGAAUUGCUGGGGAAAUAAAAAACUUCUCGGCUGAUGGGUGGGUCUCCCCUAAACUAUCAAAGAGAGCAGAUAAGUUCAUGCUUUACAUGCUUACUGCUGGCAAGAAGGCUUUGGCAGAUGGUGGGAUCACAGAAGAUGUCAUAAAAGAGUUGGAUAAAGCCAAAUGUGGGGUUUUAAUUGGUUCUGCCCUUGGGGGUAUGAAGGUUUUCAAUGAUGCAAUAGAGGCUUUACGAGUGUCCUACAAGAAAAUGAAUCCUUUCUGUGUACCGUUUGCUACAACAAAUAUGGGAUCUGCCAUGCUCGCUAUGGAUUUGGGUUGGAUGGGCCCAAACUAUUCGAUAUCUACGGCCUGUGCAACAAGCAACUUCUGCAUUCUAAAUGCUGCAAAUCAUAUUAUAAGAGGUGAAACAGAUAUGAUGCUCUGUGGUGGUUCAGAUUCAGCAAUUAUUCCUAUAGGUCUCGGAGGCUUUGUGGCAUGCCGAGCUCUCUCUACAAGGAAUAGUGAUCCAACAAGGGCUUCCCGUCCUUGGGAUAUGGAGCGUGAUGGAUUUGUUAUGGGAGAAGGAUCGGGUGUAUUACUCUUAGAAGAAUUAGAACAUGCAAAGAAAAGAGGGGCAAAAAUAUAUGCGGAGUUUUUAGGCGGAAGCUUCACUUGCGAUGCGUAUCACAUGACUGAGCCACAUCCAGAUGGAGCUGGAACUGUUCUAUGCAUUGAGAAGGCCUUGAAACAAUCCGGGGUGAAAAGAGAAGAUGUGAAUUAUAUAAACGCCCAUGCCACUUCAACCCCAGCUGGUGAUCUGAAAGAAUACCAGGCUAUAAUCCGUUGUUUUGGACAGAAUAGUGAGCUUAAAAUUAACUCGACAAAAUCCAUGAUUGGUCAUCUCCUCGGGGCUGCUGGUGCAGUUGAAGCCAUUGCAGCAAUCAUGGCUAUACAGACUGGAUGGGUCCAUCCAAAUACCAAUCUAGAGAAGCCUGAUGAAGGAUUGCAGGACACAGGGAUGCUGGUUGGGUCUAAGAAGGAAAGGUUGGACAUAAAAGUGGCACUUUCUAACUCAUUUGGCUUUGGUGGACACAACUCUUCUAUUCUGUUUGCACCAUACAAGGAUGUCUAGAGCCAUAUCUGCUAUGGGAAAUAGCUGAAUCAUGAAUUCCCAUUUUGAUUUUGAUUUUUUUUUUUAAUUUAAAAUCCCUCUGACCCUGCCUUAAUUUGUAUUGCUGGGGGUGAUACAGUACUUGAGCUUUGACACUUUGCCUUUUACAUAGAUAUGUACAUGCUUAUAUUCUUCUUAAGCCAAAUUUGACA